AUGAAGGAGAACGGGUCCUUGUGUCAAGUGGAGCAGCUUCCCCACGGGUGCCUGCUAGAGCCCAGCCUUAACGGGUGCCACUCCCAGAGUUAUAAGCGCACCGGCCGGAUGUCCGGCAAUGCAGGAGUCCGAAACAGAGCCUACGGUGCCGUUAAAGCUCUGUACAGUAGUCCUGACUGCAGCCCUUCCGUCAGACUGGAGAGCACGGAGCAAAUCUUGAAGAGCGGAGGAGGCGAGAAGGUGCUGGUGACUGGGGGUGCUGGCUUCUUUGGCUUCAGACUUGGCAAGGCUCUCGCCAGGGAGGGCAUCAGUGUAAUCCUGCUGGAUCUGCACCAGCCGCGAUGGGAGCUUCCUGAUGGAGCAGUGUUCCUGCAGGGAGACGUGCGUGAUUAUGACACCCUGUAUAAGGUGUGUGCCGGAGUGGACUGUAUAUUUCACACUGCAUCCUAUGGCAUGUCAGGACCAGAGCAGCUCAGGAAAGAGCAGGUGGAGUCCGUCAACGUUGGUGGCACCAACAACGUCAUCAAUGUGUGUUGUGAGCGUGGCGUCUCCAGACUGGUGUACACCAGCACGGUGAACGUGGUGUUUGCUGGGAAACCAAUCGAGGACGGGGACGAGGACUCCGUACCAUGCGUGCCUCUGGAUAAGCACAUAGACCAUUACUCCAGAACCAAAGCUAUGGCCGAAUGCCUGGUCCUCAAAGCUAACAGAAGGCCGUUACAAGGUGGUGGUCUGCUUCAGACGUGUGUGUUACGCCCGUCUGGUAUCUAUGGUCCGGAGGAGAGGAGACACCUACAUCGUGUGAUGGUGAAUGUGGAGCGCAGGUUGUUCAGUUUCACGUUUGGUGAUCCUAGGGCGAGGAUGAACUGGGUGCAUGUGGAUAAUCUGGUCAUGGCUCAUGUCCUGGCAGCUGAAGGUCUGACGUCUGCGAGAGGCUGCGUGGCAAAUGGACAGGCCUACUUCAUCAACGAUGGGGAGUCUGUUAACGUCUUCGACUGGAUGACGCCAUUGUUUGAGAGACUGGGCUACACUCGUCCUCUGAUCCGUCUCCCGGUUUCACUCGUCUACUCGGCAGCUUUCUUGAUGGAGCAUUUACACUUGGCCCUGAGACCUGUGAUGGAGAUUCCUCUGCUCCUGACCAGAAACGAGGUGAGAAACAUCGCUGUGAGCCACACCUUCAGGAUCGAGAAGGCACGUCAGGAGCUGGGCUUCUCCCCAAAGAAGUACACCCUCGGCGACUCUGUGGACCAGUACCUCCAGAGCCGACCUGUCCCAUCCGCUUCCUCUGUCAAGGAGUCCUGGUCCUUCCUCUUUGUCCUGAUGAUGAUGAUGGUGCUGAUGGGACUGGUGGUGCUACUGCUUUGCCCACGCUGGCGUCAGCAUUAG